AUUUUAUUCCUGGGUGAAGCAGAGAAAUUGAUUGCUGUAAUAUGUAAUGUAAAUUCAGUCAUUUUCUACAUAAAUUGGCACAUAACUUAUUACCUGUGCUGCGACUGUAUCUGGAUCAGAGAUCUCACAAUGGGAGGAAAACUAAGUAAGAAGAAAAAGGGAUAUUGUUUGGGAGCUGGUAAAGAAGGCGAAUCUACAGAGAAUACUGAAGUUGAACAAAAAGAACCUGAGAUUCAGGAUGGACAAAAAGAUGCAGCUGAACCAAAUGGGGAAAAUUCUCAAAAAGACCAAAUUGAGAACAGCAGUAACGGUGAGAUUCAGAAGCCCCAGUCAGAAAAGCAGGAAGAUGUAGUAACAUCAGGAGAAAUAACCAAAGAUGACCCAAACACUGACCAAAUAAAAGAAAACAGUGAUUGUACAAAGAAAGAGGAGGUGAUUGAAACAUCACAAGAAAUAACUGUUCAAGCUGAGGUUUGCGCUACUAUAUUACAACAUGAACGGCCUAAUAAUGAGGAGAGCCCAGCUGAGAAAACACAAGCAGUUAAGAACACAGACGAACUAUUGGAAAAAUCUGAUCAAAAAGUGGAGUUAUCUUCUUGUAAUCUGAGUCCUGUUAAAGAUGCCCCAGUGACUCCUAAUCAGGUAAAGGGAAGCAAUGUGGAAAAUCCGACUGAUCAAGAGCAUAUUGUACAAGAAUCUGUGCCUAAAGAGUCAGCUGUGAAUUGUGUCUUAGCCUCCAAACCAGAAAGUGAAAUUGAAGGUAUAGAGUCGAAACAAGAAAGCCAUCUAGUUGUGAUGUCUGAGGAGAAACAACCUAUGCCCAAAGAUAGUCAUGAGGCAGUAGCUGAACCUGAGUCUGAGAAGGCCCCUGCAACAGUAACUGAGCCAAUCCAGGCCCCUGUACAAGAACCUGUGCAGGCUUCUAAACCUGUGAUGGUUCCUGUGGCAGAACCUGAGUCAGUGAAGGCCCCUGCUUCAGAACCUGAAGUUGUGCAGGCAUCUAAAAUUGAGAAGGCCCCUGAGUCACAGCUGGUGAAGCCACCUGAGCUAGAGCCAGAGCCAGAGAAGGUCCCAGAACCAGAGAAGGUUCCUGAGCCGGUGACGACCCCUGAGCCGGUGAAUGUUCCGGUGACGACCCCUGAGCCGGUGAAUGUUCCGGUGACGACCCCUGAACCGGUGAAUGUUCCGGUGACGACCCCUGAGCCGGAGAAGGCCCCUGAAGCAGAGCCAGAGCUUGUAAGGGUUCCUGAGCCAGAACUGGCAAAGGCCUCUGAGCAGUCUCAUGAGCCCUUGAACAUCACAAUGCAUGCCCCUGCGCCAGCACCUGAGGAGUUAGUAGACUUGACAGUCCCAGAAUCUGUGACUGAAUUAACAGCACCUGCACCAUCAUCUGUGUUAGAUCUAAAUGAAAAGUGUGAAGGUGAAAUUAGCCAAGUGGUUAAGGAGGUUGAGCAACCAGCACCAAAACCAACACAAGUGCCUGAGCAGUCCACUCAUUUUGAGGACAAGAGCAUUGAUCAAAGUUCUUCAUUGAGUGAAGAUCAGGGUAUAAACACUCUUAAAUCAGAGACCAUAUCUACUAAGCAAGAGCAGCCAUCAAAGGAAGAAGAAUUCUCUGUAGCAGAGCAAAAUGUUUAUAAAAAUGAUCUUACCAUCCAAAAAUCUUCAGCUGAUCAGUUGAAUAAAAAUAUGCAAGAAGAUGUAGUCAAUAAAAUUACUUUAGGAAAGGAGAAUAUUCAAGAUACAGUUUUGGAAGGACAAGUAGAUGAACAGAAGAUCAACCAUGUAUCAGAGCAUGAGAUCCAUGAGGAACCCAUUAAUACCGAGGUAGGACUGGAUACCUCAAAGCAAGAGAAUAUGAACUCUAAUUCUGAGGUUGCGAAUACUGAAUUGGCUAUCACAGAUGAUGUAAAACAUUCCAUAGUCCAAAGAAAUUCUGAGAACAAAGAACCAAGCCAUGAAACAAAAAUUGAAGAUUUAGAAAAUGAUACUGUGCCCUGUGCUACUCCUCAAACUAAUGAUAAGCAAGUAAUCCACAAUGGCCACUCAGUCAAUGAAGACAUUUAAGGCAAAGAAGAACAAAGAAAAUGGAUCAUCUGGUCUGGAUAUCUACAUAAACAGGAGGAAUGAAUAUCUUAACCUUUUCAAGUAUAUAAAGAUUAAUAGCAAUGAUAUCCUUGGUUUUUGAUACAAUGCUGCAAAAUUAUUUGGUCUUAGGUAUAAUGACCAAGCUUUACACAUGAAUUUUAGAAGUCUUAAAUUAUAUUUCAAAAGAAAAAUAAACCACUCUAGCCCCCCUAAGAAAGAGUUGCACACAAGAUAACUAAGAAAAUUAAUAAUUAUCAUAUUUAAUACAAAAAUACUUAGGAAAUCCAGGGGCAUACAAGGAAAGUCCUAUUUAUAUCAAUUUUUUUCUAAAUUUUCACUGGUAUUCCCAAUUCUUAAAUUAUUGUUAUAAAUGUAUGUUAAAAGAAAUUUGUAAAGUUUACUAACACCCAAAUCAAAAUGAUGUGAAUUUACCCUGAUGUUCAGAACAAAGUCUUAAGCAUGAAUUCAACAAUGUUUUCCACAAAUAAAAAAUUUCUGUAUAAUAA